AUGAAGAUAGUCUACUCGAGAUCCCAGUUGUUAGCCCUACGGCACGAAUGCCAGCUUUCUGAAUUCUUGAUACCUCUUAGUAAUGUAAAUUCUUCUUUUUCUUUCCAUGCUACACCCAUCGUUGAAUUUGAGUCGAAAGCCCUAUCGUCUCGCAAAUCUGGGCCCUACAUUGUUAAGUAUGAGCCAGGGAUGGUGAUACCAAGUAACGCUAUUCCUAUCGAGAUUCCAGUACAAUACAACUAUGCCCAGAAGGAAAAACCAAUACGAGUUCAGGUAACGAGAUUCAAGGUCAGAGCCUCUAAGAGAAAUGACAAACGAGAAGUCACCAAAGAGAAUUAUAGUCCAGUUGGAUCUGUUUCGAAAGGCACAAAUGUGACAAGGGGGAGAGCUAAAGUAGACACGAAAACUAAUGAUUUUGGUUUCGGACAAGGAUCGGUACCAAAAGCUUUGUACACGAAGGAAGACGAACCAGAAACGAAAUUAGAAGCGAGACCAGAGCCGGAGUUCAAGUGGGCUCCAUUUUUUGAACCUUUUAUCGGUAAAUCCAACUUCAAGCCUGGUCAGAGGUGCAUAACAAAACAGGCACAGAAUAUGGCAAUGCACCCAGUUGCGGAUAAAAAAGAGGAAAUAUAUUCAGCCGGAUCAGAGUAUUCAAGCUCUAGCAGUAUGAGUGUGCAAAUCCAACUCCCAGAAGUGUAG